UCUGACAGUUGUCAGUUUGUCUUAAAAAAAACUUUACAAGCGUUUUUUUGUGUGAUUUUAGAAUACGUACUCUCCAAUCAUAACUCAAAUUUCUUACCAGUUAUCCGAACCAAACAAUUCAAAGACUAUCGAACAAUGGAACCGACCUGCUGCACCGAAAUGAAGAGCACAGUUAUACAGCACCGAUGGACCAUCAAAGGAUUUUCCAGCACUGGCACAACUGGGGCCAACAUGAUACUGCGAUCGUCUGUUUUCUGUGGAAAAUCGAUUCAUUCUUCAUACGAGUUCUCCUGGUACUAUGAGCUCAAUCCACAAAAAACACGGGACGGCUACAGUAAAGUGGCCAUAGAUGCGUUCACCAACUGUACGUCUCAUCCAACCUUGAGCCACCAUGCAAGUAUCGUCUGGGAAGCUCAAGAUGGCAACAAUUUCACAUGUUUUGGGGCACUCAAGGCCGGCACUCGGAUUGGCGAUAGCAUGAUGCAUCACCGGUCCACUGUGAAUUCACAUUUGGGAUCCAGUGACACACUGAUUCUGACCUUCAAACUAACGCUGAUCGAAGAAGUCGUUACCGGAAGCUCUGCCCCUGAACCUGAGCAACCUACAUUGCAAGUGGAUGCACAUGUUAACGAACACUACGGCAAUCUGCUGACCUACAACAAGUUCAGCGACGUCACGUUCGACAUUGGCGAGGAACACAUCUUAGCCCACAAAGCUAUCCUGACAGUUCGUAGCCCAGUCUUUGCCGCUAUGUUCGAGCACGACAUGCAGGAAACGAAGGAAAACAAGGUCAAGAUUACUGACAUCCGAGCGGAGGUAUUCCGGGAGGUGCUGCGCUUCAUCUACACAGGAUCGGUGCAGGCAAUGGAACAGAUGGCGGACGACCUGUUGAUAGCAGCUGAAAAGUACGCCCUGGACGCCCUAAAAACCAUGUGCGAGAAACAUCUUGCGAAGAAACUAUCGGUCGAGACGGCCACGGCUACACUACAUUUUGCUGAUACCUACAACGCCAAUCAGCUCAAGAAGGAGGCCAUCGACUUCAUCUCGAAGCAUCUGAAAGUUAUGAAAACUACCGACUGGGCGAGCGUCAUCGCCACCAACCCGGAAGUGGCCGCCGAAAUGAUUGCCCAGAUGGCUAAGGUGAACUGAAGCUUAAGGCAGACGACAUGUUUUUUUGUACUUCUUAUUUCUUACUUACUGACUUCAUGAAACUGCUAUGUUUCAUCGCACAUAAAUGGGCUGAUUUACGUGAAUUACUCAGCGAAUAAAAGGUUAAAAA